GGCAUCAACUUCCCAAUAUCGACCUCUGACUCGGAAGUGACUUUGUUAGGAACAAACGAGCGGCUGGUUUUUGUUCAAUACACGAAAAAACAUCUUUUAGAAAAUAUAAUAAAACGAUUUUUGAGUUGGGACUAAACGUAAACAGACCGAAAUGUUUUACCAUAUUUCUUUGGAGCACGAAAUCUUACUACAUCCGAGAUAUUUUGGUCCGAAUCUGCUGAACACCGUGAAGCAGAAGCUCUUCACAGAGGUCGAGGGGACCUGCACUGGCAAGUAUGGCUUUGUCAUUGCAGUUACCACCAUUGACAACAUCGGUGCUGGCGUAAUCCAACCAGGCAGAGGUUUUGUCCUCUAUCCAGUCAAAUACAAGGCCAUUGUCUUCCGUCCGUUUAAAGGAGAAGUUGUGGAUGCAGUGGUCACUCAGGUUAACAAGGUCGGAUUGUUCACAGAAAUAGGUCCCAUGUCCUGCUUCAUCUCUCGCCACUCGAUCCCCUCAGAAAUGGACUUUGACCCCAAUUCUAAUCCACCCUGUUAUAAGACAGUUGAUGAGGACAUUGUAAUCCAGCAAGAUGAUGAGAUCCGGCUGAAGAUUGUGGGAACCAGAGUGGAUAAGAAUGACAUUGUAAGUGUUUGU